AUUUGUCAUAUUUGUUAUCGACAUUUUGUAGUUUUAUACGAAGCUAUUACGUUUAUCGAACACGAAUUGGUUUCGAAAUGGAAGUUACAAAAUAUUGAUUUAUGUUGGAACCAUACAAAUCUGUUUAGGAGGGUUUCAAAGCAAGGGUGAAGUUUGCUUUAGGAGUUAAAUAUGACCGAUCGAGUGAUAGCGUCCCGUCCCAGCUUGGAGCAAGUCACAGCUAUAGUGGACUUUAUGGAAAAGCACCCAGCUCUAGCACUAGGCCAGUUAAGAGGUCUGGAGGGCAGAGAUGAGAGCAAGAAACUGUGGUUCAAGCUGACUCGCAUUGUCAAUAAUAUUACAGGCCCUACUAGGCCUAUGAAGUCCUGGAUCAAAUACUGGGCUGAUAAGAAGUCAACAGUGAGAUCUAAGGUGUUGGGCGGAGGAGGUGACCCCAACAACCUGUGUUCCAACAUUGAGAAGAAGAUCUGGGAUCUGUUUCUAGCAAAUGAUAGUGGCAAAAACCGUGGUGCUGUCAAGCAAGAAUCCAGUUUCACAGAAGACAGUUUCUACAACGAAGACAGCAUGGACCAGAACCAUGUAGAAUCAGAUCCUGUGCUGGCCUUUGAGGAGCCUGUGGUAGAUGUCGAAGAAAGGCAGAUAGGUAUUAUGGAGAAACUGCUGAAAGUGAUGAGUGACCAGGCGGCGGCCAUGACACAACUAGCGCAUGCGUCGCACGUCAAUGCACAAGCCAUGGAGAGGCUUGCCGAUGCCUCGCAGAUACAGGCCAGAGCGAUAGACCGUCUAGCGACCACGUUCGAGACGAUAAGCGCAGCCACACACGAUGUUCGCAACGCUAUCGUCGAUAUCGACGCGACAAUGAAGCGAUUCUACUCCACAUCGCCCACUUAGCACAGGUAUCUAUGAACUGCCGAAAUAAUUCGGUGAUGUUCGACAAGGAUAUUAAACCUCAUUGGUGACGCCAAAUUAUUUUAGGUCUGGUCGAAAACUGUGAUUGACAGUUCGAGUAUUCGAAUGUUUUGUUCUCUUUUUGAAUUUUGUGAUAGACAAUGGGAGGGAUUGGCAAUGUAUUUAGAAAAUUUUGUUUUAACGAUAGCCGGACGGAUAGGCGGAAGCCUUUUGUUUAUAAUUUUUUAAAAUAUGGGUAUAAGUACUUCUGAGUAGCUUACCCAGGCACGAGUGUAUUCUAAUGAUUAUUUUUUUUAGUAUUACUAUUCAUAAGCCUUUGUAAAUAUUACUACAUAAAAGCCAUUGUAUAAAAGGUGAUGAAAAAAUAGUUCAAAACUAUGAUAUUAUUUACAUUAAUCAAUUUUGUACAUGAGACAACUUGAUAUUGUAUAUUUUUAGUUUGUAAGAUUUUGUAUUAUGCAUUUACAUUUUUUUUUAAUUCUUAAGUUUAGUUUAAAGUCAUAGUAUGCAUUCAUUGCAUUCGUUUAAAUAAUUUUGGCCUCUUAUGGCUUUGUAGAAAAUUACAUUGAGGGAAAAAUACGGCUGUUAAUUUCUUCCAUAGACAACUGUCUACUGCCAACUUUUACAAACUAUAAGGCACGAGAAACUGUUUCAGAGCAACUCGUACGUAGAUAAUGAUGUUAUCUUGUAAAUAAUAAUACAUAAAAAAUGAAUUUAAUAAAACCAUUUAUAGCA